AUGGCUAUGUCCGUGUACGAUCCACUGGGCAUUUUGUCCCCUUUCACUUUGAACGCAAAAUUAAUUAUUCAAGAUAUAUGGAUAAGCAGCGUUAAUUGGGAUGCGAAAAUUCGGGAAGAAGAAUACAAAAAAUGGCUUACUUGGCUAAAUAAUUUAAAACGAAUGUCGGAAUGCUCAAUACCGCGAUCCUUUAUUCCCGAAGGUGUAGAGUACAAGCAUGUGCAGUUGCACGUAUUUUGUGAUGCAAGUAAAGAAGCUUUCGCCGCCGUGGCAUAUCUUAGGAUAAUCGGCAGCGACGGGAAAAUACACUUGGCUCUCGUUAUAGCGAAAACUCGAAUCACGCCCGUCAAACCUAUGACGAUUCCGCGUUUAGAGCUUCAGGCCGCAGUUCUCGGUGCUCGCUUGGCCACGACUAUCGGUCAAGAGCUUAAGUUGAAAGUGGAUGAUAGGAUUUUUUGGUCAGACUCGACUAUGAUUCUGCAUUGGAUCAAAACAGGACCGCGCACGAAACAAGUUUUUGUCGCUAACCGUUUGGGAGAAAUAAAUGUAAAUACGCGCGCAACAGAGUGGCGUUGGGUUCCGGCGGAACUCAAUCCCGCCGACGAGGGCACGCGACAAUCAAACAAGCCAAUGAGUUCAAACGAUCAGUGGCUUAUCGGGCCGAGCUUCUUACGUCAUCAGCCCGAUUUGUGGCCAAGAUCAAAAGUACUUAGCGAAAUCGAAAAAAAGGAAGCAGAGAACUUAGAGGCGCGAAAAGAAUUCAUUGGCGCACUGCAUAUCAAUAAUCCAAAUGUGUGGGAAGUUGACGUAAGAAUCCGAAUAUUAGGCUGGGACCGAAUAAUAAAAACAGGCGGUAGAGUGAGAAAAUGUUUUUACCAUUGGUAUUGUGAAACUCGCGAAAAACAGAAUAAACCGAUACAACCUGACAAAAUAAUCUCCGAAAACAAGGAAAAUUCGGCGCAGCGAGUUUUCGAAGGUGAAAAGUUUUGGUAUCGGUUAAUUCAAUCAACUUAUUUUGCGAAUGAACUCGACGCUCUUAAAAACGGAAAAAUUGUUGCAAAAAGUAGUAAGUUCAUUGGCUUACGGCCGUAUAUUGACAAUGAAGGGCUACUUCGAGCGCGCGGGCGCGUUACUAGAAUAUGA